AUUCCUGCUUUUACACCUUACCUGAUUGCAUCGGGAUCGGCAUACGAUGGAAAAGAUACCGGAAGUAAAUACGAUAUUUCAAUGUUUUGUUUAUAAAAUAUUUUUAUUAUAGAUCUGAAUCAUACUCUGAUUUAUAGUCAUUGUUUCAUCAAGUCAAUGAUAACUGAUGAUUUUCUACACGAUGCCUAACUCAUGGAGAAUGACCUGUCUUCGUAUUUUUGGACGUUAGAUGAGGAAAAAUGUCAUGAUCUAAUAAUAGGUAUUAGGUAAUCUGAAAAUAAACUAAAAAUAGACUUGCUGUCUUGGAAAAGUGGACAACAUAGAACAAUAAGGUGAUGGAGGAAACGCAAAGUAGAUCGUCCGAUUUCUCCGAGUCUUCACAGACAAGUCAAAGUGAAUCUUCCGACCUUUCACGAACAAGUGGAGGUGCUGGGAACGAGGACUUGCUGAUGGAGAGGACUGACUAUCUAGAAAACAUAAUUGCAAAUUUGUUAGAACUAAACGUAGAUUUUGAUCCUGUGGAAGAAGAGGUAACCUUAACAGGUCCAACAGAUUUGUUAUCUUCCUAUGGAACUAUCAAUGAUUUAGCUGACUGUGAAAUCUGUCUGUCGAAAGAUAAUAAAGUCCGUAAUCGUGAAUGCUGCCAAAUAGCUGUUUGUGAUGACUGUAUGGAGAAAUAUUUUGUUGCUCAGCUUGAAGCCGGUAUCAAGAGAAUGCAAUGUAUUGCGACAAACUGUUCACAGUUUGCUCAUGUUGAUGAGAUUAUGUGUCGACUACCUGUGGAAUUGAAAGAUAAAUUUUACAAAUAUCUUGUUGAUGCCAACAAUGAUCCCUGUGUCAAAACAUGUCCUAGAUGUAGUUAUGUACAGCGAGUCACAAAAGAAGAGCUAAUGGUUCCAAAGAAAAUAAGAAAAUAUGGUUGCCACAUAGUUUGCAAGGACUGUAGCUUAGAAUGGUGCUUUAUUUGCCAUGCACCAUGGCAUCCUGGGGGCAUUACAUGCAAGGAAUAUCAAAAAGGUGACAGACUAGUCAAAAACUGGGCCAGAGAAUUUCAUUAUGGGAAAAAAAAUGCAGAACGAUGUCCGAAGUGUAAGGUUUACAUAGAGAGAAUAGCUGGUUGUGAUCACAUGAGCUGUGGAAACUGUGACACAAGGUUCUGCUAUAAAUGUGGGGAGAGAUUCAUCGACAUCAAGUUUAUUGGGAACCAUUAUGAAAAAUUCAGCCCAUUUGGAUGCAAGUACAAGCUGCAUCCAAACAAACCUGUUCUCCGAAAGGUGAUCAGGGGAUCAGUGGUUGGUGCAAAGGUAUUCGGAGGAUUACUGCUUGGGGUACUUGCGGUAGGGGGAGCAGCUCUUUUUGUAGCCCUGAGUCCCAUUGUUGUUCCUGCAUAUUUUGGCGAGAAGUUCAGGGCGAGGAGGUGUGCCAGGAGACGUCUAAAACGCAUACAGGGAAAGAGAAUCGCAAAUCAUCUGUUCAAUGUGGAGGACUUAUUCACAGUGCAAGUGCAUGGAAAUCAAAGUACAUCAACCCAGACUAAUGAGGAAGAUGAAAGCAUAUCCUCAUUAAAUGAGGAGGAGGAGGAAGAGGCAGGUGAAGAAAGGGAUGACAUUGAGGCUGGAAAAAAUGAAAAUGUGAAAGCAAUCAUCCAUAAACAAGAUGAUGAGGGCAUGAAUCCUUCCACAGUGAUAGAAAUAAAGGGAGAGACAUCGGUGUAUGUGACGGGUAGAAAUACGGACAGCCACGUCACCACUGCUGACCUAGAAAUGCAGUGUAGUGGGCAGGUGGUGCUGCACGUCAAAACGACAUGCAAGUCCACAGAGGAGGAAAAGAAAUCCGAGCAAGCAGAAGAAGGCGAAUUUACAGUGACAGAAAAUGAGGACUCAAUCACCGACAGGGGCUGCUUUAUCAAAAUUCUUAAAAAGCUGCCGUCUGUAUGGGAGAAAGAUAAAGAUGGAGAGAAAAAUCAGAAGACGGAGAAUACGGAUGACACCAGAAGUAUUAAGGAAAUCCACACUUCAUGUGAUCACUAUGAGGGCGAUCUAAGUACUGGAUCCUUAAAGUUCAGUGAUACUUUAGAAUGUCUGAAGCAAUUACAAGAUGAGAGUGAACUUAACGAUCCAUAUUACGGCAUGGUGUCUACUACUGAUGAGAUCACUUAUUUGUGAUACAUUUAGUCCCUGAUAUUAGUCCACAUGAGCUGGAUGCUGAGCUUUUCUGAUCAAAAUUUAUCUAUCCUCUGUCUGCAUGUCUAUCAUAUAUGUAUAAACUUGUCCUAUUUUGAUAUCUAUUUAAGGACCACAGUGCCAAAUUUUAACCAAACUUACCUCAAAAUUUUCUGUAGUAAGGAUUCAAGUCUGUUCAAAUGGAGAACUAUGUCCUCUACCAUGGAGCGAUAAUUACGAAAAAGUGAAAUUAGAGUGGUUUGUUUAAAAUUCAUCUUCCCAAGAACCACUGAAUCAGAAAUGUCAAAAUUUGUAUGAAAAAGCAGUGUCUGAGGUGAGCAAUGUGGCCUAUAGGACUCAUGUGUUUUGGGUUGUUUUUGUAUUUUCUAUGUACAUGUACUUUCUCCACAUGAUCUCUUAAUGGCAUGCUGUAUAAUCUGUACGCGUACUUACUUUAGAGUAUUGAAAUUUGGCGCAGUCAGAGCUUAUGCACUAUUUGGCGUAAUCAUGAUUCAGCGCUUCUUCUUUGUAUGAGAAUGGAGAAUUUCAUAUUCUAGCACAACUAUGUACUAGCAUUCUUGCUUCAUUGCCAAAGCUGCUAAAAUUUGAAUCGUGCUAAAAUAAGUACUCACACAGUAAUUUUGCCCUACUCUCAUUGAAAAGAAUAAUGUAAACCAAUGCUUGCUUUUCUGAACAAUUAUGUGUGAUUAUUAUGUCCCAUUCAUAAUUGUAAUGUUCUCUUAGCAUGUUUUUACAAAUAUUUGUCAUUGUAUGUACUGAUUAUGAUAGGACAUUUUUAGCUCACCGGAGCUGAAGACUUGUGCGAGUUUUUUUUAAUCAACGUGUGUGCAUUGUUGUUGUUGUAAACUUUUGACAAUGUCAGCUUCUUUUCCAGACCCACUGUGUCCAGAGUUGGGACACAAUAAAACUUCGAUGUUUUGGUUUCUUCUAAUUUUGAAAAAAAAAAAAAGAACCAAACGGCUGCGUUUUUUUUAUAUUAAGAUGCAAGUAUCCCCGUGUAGAGUAGAUCCCAGGGUGUGUUUUUUUUUUUUCAUAAUAAGAUCACGUUGACCAAGGCUGUUGAGGUUCAUAGUUUUACAUGAGAGAAUAUGAAGAGAAAUUCUUUUAAAAAUCUUCUUGAAUAUGCUGACAUUGUCCUACGGUGUAGAUUCAAGUUUGUUCACACCAUAACCAUGAGGCCAGAAUGGGGCCACAAUAGAGAGGUUCAGUUUACAUUUAGAUACAUAAUUAUGAUAAGGAAAUUCUUCCUUCAAUUUGUUUACUCAAACACAUUAUGGACUUGCAUUUUUUAUUUCCA